AAGUGGCUGGCAUGUUGUUUUAGCUCUCACUUUUUGAACCACCAAAAAACUCUGUUUUUUUGAAAAACUCUGACAUAAAGCUGUUUGAGACUUUGAGUGAGUGAGUGUAAGUUUCUGUAAAAUGAAGAAUUGUACCAUUUUCCAAUUCUCCAAAUUUGUUGAAUAAAAGUUGUGUUUUUUGGGUUGGUUUGAAAGUCUUACCAAAAAUCAAACUAAAAAAACCAAGUCCCAAAUUUCUUCUUUCAUAAAAAAAAUUCUCAUUUUUGCUCUUUUUUAAGGUUGUUUCUUGGACUUUAAAGACCAAUGGAAACAAGAAGUAUCAAUGGUGUUUUUGCUUUUGUAGUAUUAUUGAGUUUCUUGGUUUAUACAAGUGCUAUGCUUACACCUAGUGGUGUUAAUUAUGAAGUGCAAGCUUUAAUGGAGAUCAAGAACUCAUUGCAUGAUCCACAUGGUGUUUUGAAUUGGGAUGACAGUUCUGUUGAUCCAUGUAGCUGGACUAUGAUCACUUGUUCAAGUGAUAAAUUUGUCACUGGCUUGGCAAGUCCAAGCCAAAGUUUGUCUGGGAAAAUAUCACCAUACAUCCACAACUUAACUCACUUGGAUCUACUGCUUCUGCAGAGCAAUAAUAUAUCAGGGCCAAUUCCAACUGAACUUGGAAUGCUUCAAAAACUUAAAACAAUUGAUCUUUCUGAUAAUCAGCUCACUGGUGAAAUCCCUCCAUCUUUAGCUCAAUUGAAAAGCCUCCAAUACUUGAGACUAAACAACAAUAGUCUUAGUGGAGCUGUUCCUUUGAAAUUGUCCAAUAUGACUCAACUGACUCUUCUAGACUUGUCAUUCAACAAUUUGAGUGGUCCCGUGCCAAGGCUUCUGGCUAAAACAUUCAACCUUUUGGGAAAUCCUAUUAUAUGUCCAACUGGGAAAGAACCAGAAUGCAAUGGGACAACAACAUCCAUGCCUAUGCCCUUAACUUUGAACAACUCACCACAUGCUCAGCCUUUUGGAAGACCUAAAACUCACAAAGUUGCCUUAGCAUUUGGGACAAGUCUUGGAUGCAUCUGCUUACUAAUUAUUGGCUUUGGUUUCUUUCUUUGGUGGAGACAAAAGCACAACAAGCAAAUUUUCUUUGACAUCAAUGAACAACAUCAUGAACAAGUGUGCUUGGGAAACUUGAGGAGGUUCCAAUUUAGGGAACUUCAAGCUGCCACAAACAACUUCAGCAACAAGAACAUACUCGGGAAAGGCGGUUAUGGGAACGUCUACAAAGGUUGUCUUAGUGAUGGCACAAUUGUUGCUGUAAAAAGGCUCAAAGACGGGAGUGCAAUUGGAGGAGACAAGCAAUUUCAAACUGAAGUUGAAAUGAUCAGCUUGGCAGUGCAUCGCAAUCUCCUCCAUCUGUAUGGGUUCUCCAUGACACCUACUGAAAGGCUUCUUGUUUACCCUUACAUGUCUAAUGGAAGCGUUGCUUCUCGUCUCAAAGCAAAGCCACCAUUGGACUGGACUACAAGAAAAAGAAUUGCAUUAGGAGCUGCAAGGGGUUUACUAUAUCUACACGAGCAGUGUGAUCCCAAGAUUAUUCACAGGGACGUGAAGGCUGCAAACAUAUUGCUCGACGAUGACUGUGAGGCUGUCGUGGGAGAUUUUGGAUUGGCAAAGCUACUGGAUCAUCGCGAUUCACAUGUUACGACUGCAGUUAGGGGAACUGUAGGACAUAUAGCUCCUGAAUAUCUCUCUACAGGACAGUCCUCAGAUAAAACAGAUGUUUUCGGGUUUGGGAUUCUCCUGCUAGAGUUGAUAUCUGGCCAGAGAACUCUUGAAUUCGGUAAAGCUGCAAAUCAAAAAGGCGCUAUGCUCGAUUGGGUAAAGAAGAUUCAUCAGGAGAAAAAGCUUGACGUGCUGGUGAGCAAGGACUUAAAGGACAAAUAUGAUCGGAUCGAGCUUGAGGAAAUGGUACAAGUAGCUCUGAUAUGCACUCAAUAUCAACCUAGUCAUAGACCAAAAAUGUCAGAAGUGGUGAGAAUGCUCGAAGGAGAUGGACUUGCAGAGAAAUGGGAAGCUUCUCAAAGAGCAGAAUCCACGAGGUGCAGAGCCAACGAGUUCUCCUCGUCAGAAAGAUAUUCUGAUCUUACCGAUGAUUCUUCAUUGCUUGUCCAAGCAAUGGAACUAUCAGGGCCAAGGUGAUAUAGUAAAAAAGACAAUCUUAGCUAUUAUGAGCUUGUUUUUUUUAAUAACCGAGUAUCCCCGAGGGCCAGUGGCAGACGGUUCGAAACUCGGUGGAUGAUAGACCUGUUCCUUUACUCUCCACUUAAAUACCAAACUUUCGUCUGCGGUAGGAUCUGAUUGAGCUUGUAUAUAUGAUCAUAUGGAAGAUGAUAAAGGCAUGGGAUAUGUUCUGACUGUACAGGAAAAAGAUUUAAGAACAACUGACCUUUAGGCUGAGUUUUUUUUUCCCCCCCCCCUGUUUUGAGUGAGAAUUUUUCUGGGAUGUGGAUUGUAACCUUGAGCUUGUAAGAAUAAUAUUGUUGAAUUUCAGUUUCAGCUUAUAAACACUGCACCAUAUUUCUCAUAUAAAAA